AUCACUUUCCGUCAAUAAACAUUUGUUUUUAGUAGUGUAAUUUUUUGUCUAAAAAUAUAUUAAAAUUUGGCAACUCUAUUGUUUUAAAUACCCAUUUAUACAACUGUGUGUCUUAGCUUCCUGACGUUUAACAAAAAAUUUUCUGCAUUUUGGUUAAAAAAAUACAAAAUAAUAGCAAAUUUUGCUAAAUUUUAGCAAAAUUUUAAGAAAAAACAUAAAUAAACUUAUAAAAAGAAUUUACAAGACAUUCUUGUGUUUUAUACUAAAGCAACAACUGAAAAUUGGUGUAUCUUCGCCAUACCCACAAACCUCCACAAAAAAAAUUGUAUACAAAAAAUACUUUUAAUAAACUAUUUUCCCAUUAUUUUGCCACAGACAAACUGAAACCGUAACUGAAAAAAUGAGUUCGGAACAACCCAGUACAUCGAAAGAAUCCUUUGAUGUUUUCUACACAGAAGUUAAAGAAAUUGAAAAACGUGAUUCCGUACUAACAUCUACUCAACAAAUUGAUCGUUUACUUCGUCCAGGUUCAACGUACUUUAAUCUCAACCCCUUCGAGGUGUUACAAAUUGAACCGGAAGCCACAGUUGAACAAAUCAAGAAACGUUAUCGUCAAUUGUCAAUACUAGUGCAUCCGGAUAAGAAUCAAGAUGAUAAGGACCGCGCUCAAAAAGCGUUUGAUAUUAUAAAUCGUGCCUGGAAGACACUGGAAAACGAUUUGGGACGCAAGAAAUGCUUAGACGUUUAUGAGGAAGCCAAAGAGAGAACAGAUCAUAUGAUUGCUGAAAAACGCAAAAAGAUUAAAAAAGAAAAUCGUUGUUUUGAGACCAUACCCGAGGAUGAUCCUGUCAAAUAUAAACAUGCCAUUUACGUUAUGGUAAUGAAAUUAUUUGCUGACAUGGAACGAAGACGACAACAGCUGGAUCAACGUGAUCAAGAGGAGCGUAAACGUAAAAGAGAGGCCGAAAUCGAAGAGGAGGAAAAACGUAAAGCCGACAAAGAAUGGCAAAAGAAUUUCGAAGAAUCCCGCCAAAGUCGCGUUAACAGUUGGCAUGAUUUUCAAUCGGGUAAAUCGGCCAAGAAGGCUAAAAAACAAAAACGCAUGCAUGGCAUGAUGAUGCCACCGAAAUUUAAACCGGAAACACGAUAAAUAUUGUUUGGUGGUAUUAAAUUUUAAAAUUAUUAAAUCUUAAGUCCACCUAUAUAAUUUUUUUCAACUACUUUACGUUGUUUCAAAAUCAUCAACGUGUUCUUUUUACAAACAUUACAUAUUUCUUUUCAUAUAUAUUUUUUUGUAAUCUUUAGAUUUAUAAUAAUAGUUUUAAACAAAAGAAACGUAACAACUAAAAUAUUCACAAUUCUAUAAAAAAUCUUUAAAUUGAUAUAUAUAUAUAUGCAUGUUGAUGCAAAAAAAUUACAAUUAAAAUUUUAGAAUACUGGCAUUUACAUUUUAUGCUAACAUUCUAAAUAUUGAAUCUGUGAAUCUAACAAAUGAUGUUUCUUUUAAAUGUAGUACGAGUACAUAAGUUAAAUAUAAUUUAUGUUCGUAAUAAAAUAA